GUCAACAAUAUUUGUGAUGAUCAUGACGCCGUCUGGCUCAUCACCAUCUUCAAUGUACAGUGGCGGUGGGAUGAACAUGAACGCCAUGCACGAUAGCUUCUUCUGGAGUAAGAACGUGACCAUUCUGUUCAAUGGAUGGCCAAACAACAACCUCGGAAUGUACGUACUAGCCUUGGUCUUUGUGUUCUUUCUAGCAUUCUCCAUUGAGAUCUUGUCGGUUACUGCGGCGGUCAACCGGGCUACGACGCCGGCGCUUGGUGCUUUGGCUCAGACCGGCGUUUAUGCCCUUCGCAUCGCGCUGGCUUACCUGCUUAUGCUCUCAAUCAUGUCGUUUAACCUCGGAGUGUUUAUAGUUGCGGUGGCCGGCCAUGCUUUCGGCUAUUUUGCUGUCAAGUUCCGUGCGCUCCGCCACAGUGCCGCCGACACCAUUCCUAAAGUCUGACGUAUGUACGUUUGCGCAAACUUAAUUCCACAACUCAAGUAUCUAUCUGCAUGUGCUUUAUUCCUCUGAUUGAUCUGCAUAUAUAUAUGUUUUUACUUUAAUGUAGUAAUGAUCCCAGUCCGAGCUAGGUGUUGUAAUAAAGUUUAUUUUGUGAUUAAAGGCAAUAUA